UCCUCAUUAAGCAGAAAAAUCACAAUGGACGAAUAUUAUCCCAUCAUUGUAGAAGGAAACUGGCAGGCUAAAAAUGCUAAAGGUGUGAAAAAUAAACUUCAGAUUUACUUUCAGAGUAAGAAAUCUCAAGGAGGUGACUGCUUCGUGCAAUUUAAUGACGGGAGCAACUCUGCUACGAUUCUGUUCAAAUCAUCUGACAUCCGAGAUGGCGUGCUCUCCCAGGCAGAACACAUUAUUACUAUUGGCAAUCAGAAAAUCAAGUUGAAAGUGUACAAACCCAGCACUGGACAAAAGACAGAGCAGGCAUGUGGAUAUCAGGAACCAAGCCGAGAUGAUGUGCUCUCCCAGGCUAAAAAUGAUAUUAACACUACCAGUCACCAAAUCGAGACAAAAGUGCGCAAACCCAGUGAUGUGGAGAACCAGGCAGACAGCACUGGACAAAGAACGGAGCAGGCAUGUGAAUAUCAGGAACCAAAUGUCCUGCAAACUGAUGUGGAUGUGAAGAAACCUCAAGAGUCAAGUGCUGUGGUCCUGGAGAACCUUCCAGAUGAUUUUAAUCAAGAUGUUUUGACUCUUUUGGUGGAGAACAUCGGCAGUCUUUCUGAAAAUGACUUUAGCAUGGAAUUAAUACCAGAAUUAAGAAAAGCAGUUGUGACCUUUAAAACCCCUGGUGCUGCAGGAAAGUUCCUUGAGGACAGCAGUACACAUGAAAAGUUCAAGCAGUAUAAUCUGAGGGCCCGUGCACUGGAGAGAAGCACAUGUGUGCGGGUGGAGGAUCUUCCAGCUAAGGCUACCAAGAUGCUGCUGGAACUGUAUUUUGAGAAAUUGGGCGGUCCAGUAGAGGAAGUUAUCACAAAUCCAUCAGAGCAAGCAGCCAUGAUUACCUUUAAGGAGGAAGAAGCCAAAGACAGAGUUUUGAAGAAAGAGAAUAACAUCUGUGAUGUUCCAGUCAAGAUAUAUCCCUACUUUAAAUCACUGGGUACAAUUUUGUAUGGUAGCAACAGGCCACAAUUGAAGCUGCCUGAACCCAUUACAGUCAGUGUAGAUCCUGCCAUCAGGGAGUUCAUCCUCAAGAAAGGGCAGAUUUCCUCCAUGAAAGACCAGAUGAGCUCACACUUCUGCCACAUAAACAUGCACAAACCUGAAGUUUUACUCAGUCCUGAUCCAGCAUUACUGAAACAGAAAGGAAUUACUAGAAGACACAUUGAUGGCUGGAGUAAGAAUACCAUUGAUGCCUUCAAGGAAAUCAUCUCAAACUACACAACAUCUGAGUGGCCGGUGUCACAUGCCUUGUGGUCUAAAGUGGAGAGUGAUAUUAAGAAAGUAGUGAAACAUCAGGUUUUCAUAGAUACGGAUACCUCUAAAGGGGUGCUGACAUUGGCAGGAAUGACCCAUGAAAUAAUUGGACUGAAACCCAUCAUAGAGAAAUUUUUAGAGAGAGCAACAAAUCAAAUUGAGAGAGAGAAGAACAGUAUGACUGAAUACAUAGAGAUUUCUCCUGCCAUGUACUCUUUGCUUGAACAAGAUGGCAUGAAAAGUGCUGUUUCUCCACACCUGCACAUUGACUACAACAAAAAGAUGAACAAACUAAUUUUAUCAGGGCUUCAUACAGAAAAUCUUGCCUUCAAGAAUUGGGUCCUUGAGAAGAAAAUAAAUAUAAAACAGAAGCCCUUACAGAUUAACCAUUCAAUCCUGGAGUACCUGAGACCAGUGGAUUGUGAUGAAAUGUCCAGAGAUCUCUUCAUAUCUCAUGGAAUAACUGCUGUCUACACAAUCGAAAAUGGAGAUGUUGUUGUGAUUGGAAGCACAGAAAGAGCACUUGCUGAGGCAGAGAAGAGAGUGAAUACUGUUCUCACAACCAAAGACCUCACUGUAGAAGAUCAGGGUGUCCUUCAAAUGCCAGCGUGGCAGGAUCUCAAAAAGAAAUCGCAUGAAUUGUUCAAUACUUCCAAAAAAACAUCUGUGAUUAUACAUUUAUCUAAACAGAGAGAUAAAGUAAUGGUGACUGGAUUCAGAGAACCGGUGAUGAAAGUCAGUGAGAACUUAAGAAGUUUUAUGGAGGAACACACUAGAAUUGAAGAAACCGUUCGUGUCAAAUCACAUGCCGCGGUUGAAUUAAUAAAAGACAGAAAAUCACAAGACUGGCAGCAUUUAAUUAAGUCUGAUAAGAUGAAAGUGAAUUUUGAUUCAAAGAGACCCUGGAUUAAACUGUCUGGAGAGCGUACUUUUGUCCAGCCAGCUUUGACCUUCUUUAAAGGGUUGGCAGAUGGUCUCUACACGGACACACUGAUCAUUAAAAAGGCAGGAGCAAAGAAGUACUUCUUGGAGCAGGGUAAAAUGAUGCUCUCAAUGCUGUUGAAGGAAAAAAGAUUUGUGGUGGUUCUUCAGGAAGAUGAUAUGCUGGAAGAGGAGGAAGAUGCAUUUACUGAAGGUAGUUUUGACGAUAUUGGUCAGGUCUCUUGUGAGGUUCAGAUGCCAGGUGGAGUAACUGUUACUGUCAGGAAGGCGGAUAUUUGCAAGAUCAAUGUUGAUGCUGUGGUCAAUGCUGCUAAUGAAGAUCUGAAGCACAUUGGUGGUGUAGCUUUAGCACUUCUCCAAGCUGCUGGACCAAGUCUGCAGCAAACCUGUGACCAACACACAAAAGCAAAUGGGGCUCUGAGGCCUGGAGAUGCCUUCAUCACUGACGCUGGUCGUCUUCCCUGUAAAUAUGUGGUGCACGCUGUUGGACCUCGUUUUAGUGAUUCAGACAGACGUACCACUGUGCAACGCCUGAGACGUGCUGUGAGGGAAAGUCUGAACCAGGCGUCAAGCAGAAACUGCUCCUCUAUUGCAAUUCCAGUUAUUAGCUCAGGGGUAUUUGGUUGUCCUCUUGAUCUUUGCACUGAAACAAUCGCCAAGGAGGUGCAUGACUACAUUGAUUAUCAUAACCACAGAGGCUCCAGUAGCACAUUAACUGAAUUUCACUUGGUUGACAAUAAUGGCAGUACUGUGAAUGCCAUGACUCAAACUGUCAGAAAGGAGUUUGCUGCAUAUAACCCCAAAAUGACUUUCCCUCAUCAAAUCAAACCUCAUGGGUAUAGCAACAAUGAACAAGGGUAUCGUGGAAAUGGCCGUGGUCGUGGUCGUGGUCGUGGUCGUGGUCAUGGCCAUGGAAACUAUGGCCAAAGAAACCAAGAGUUUGAAGACCCCAAAGGUCGUGGUAAUAGAGACUUUGAAGGACAAGCACACUGGAGAGGAGAAAUCUCAAGCUAUGGUGGCAGAUCAGGUAACUCUGAAGGGUUAACUGUUCUUGAGAGAAAAACUACACAAGAGGGACUAAAAAUCACUCUGUGCAAAGGGAACAUCCAGGAUGCGAGUGCUGAUGUCAUUGUAAACACUAUAUCGGAGGACUUGGACCUCAGAAAAGGUGCCAUCUCCCAAGCACUCCUUCAGACUGCUGGUCAUCAGCUCCAGUCAGAAAUCAACACAGCUGCUCGCUUAAACAAUGUUAAUUAUGGUGAAAUGGUCAUCACAGAUGGUUAUAAACUGACGUGUCAAAAAGUCUUCCAUGUAGUUUGCCCAUUUUGGAACGGCUCAGACCAUAAGGUACUCAGUCAGAUCAUCAGAAAUUGCCUGAAAAAUGCAGAAACCUGGAGAAUGGCAUCAGUCGUAUUCCCAGCUAUCGGGACUGGGAAUCUUAGGUUUCCUAAAGAUCUAGUGGCCAGAAUCAUGCUGACAGAAGUCCAGGAAUUUAACUCUACAAACCUUCGAGAGGUAACUGUGAUUGUGCACCCUUCUGACAGGGAGAGUGUAGAGUGCUUCACCAGUGUCUUUAGACAUGGGAUUCAGGGUCCCAUCACAAAAGAAGCACAUCGACAUGUCAAGAUUAAAAAAAACAUUUCUGGCAAGUCAGCUCAGACCUCUGGGGUCGUUGGCAAAGUCUCCUCUCCCUCUCUUGGGGUGCACACUAUGCAGCUGGGUCAAGUGACUCUGGAGGUUUCAUCAGGAGACAUAACUAAAGAAAAAACUGAUGCCAUUGUUAACUCCUCAAAUCAGACAUUUUCACUGAAAGCAGGAGUAUCCAAGGCCAUUUUAGACGCUGCUGGAGUACAAGUGGAACAAGAAUGUUCACAGCUUGUGCGAUCAUCAAAUAUACAGCAAACAGAGAUUGUGACCUCAUCCGGGCAGCUUCCAUGUGGAAACAUCAUCCAUAUUAUCGGACGCAGCAGUCCAUCUGACAUUAAGGAUGCUGUUUUGUCUGUUUUGGAGUUAUGUGAGUCACGCCAGAUUACUUCUGUUGCCUUCCCGGCUCUUGGCACUGGUCAAGGUGGUGCAAAACCAGCUGAUGUUGCAGAUGCAAUGGUUGAUGCAGUUGUUGACUUUGUAAAGAAAAAGAAACCGGUGCAUGUAAGGCUUGUGAAGUUUCUUAUAUUCCAGACAAACAUGGUGGCAGACUUCCACCAAAGAAUGAUCAGAAGAUCUGGUGAGAAAGUAGAGGAGGAUAAAGGUCUGCUUACCAAAAUUAGAGACUUUUUCUUGGGGGAAAGUUCAGACUCUCCCACAAAUGAAGAAUUUGUGAUUGUGGUUGAAAAAAUUGAGCCAGCUGUGUUUCAACUCUGUGGUGAGACACCAAAGGACCUGAGUGAAGCCAAGGAAAUGAUCAGCAGCAUGAUAUUACGAGAGCAUGUGACCAUCCCAAUCCAUGAUCCAGCCAUUACUCAUUUCACCAAGGAGGAUGGAGAAAUGCUGAACGCCAUACAGAGGGAGCUCACAGUCAGUGUCCGGCUUGAGAAGAAAGGCCAAGACUCUGUCAUCACACUGGAGGGUCUGACAAGAGACGUUCACACUGCAGAGAGUCGUAUUCGGGACAUGAUCAGAAAGGUGGAAAGGAAUGAAAACCGAAGAAGUGAGGCAUUUUUCAUUAGCAGUGUGGUUCAGUGGCAAUAUCAGGAAAAUGGACGGAGCGUCAAAAACUUUCAUAUGUUGACCAAUUAUGACCUGGAACAGGCCUAUCGGAAGAAACAGCCUACAGUGAAAAUCAAAAUUAACAAUGAUGAAUAUGAGGCUGAUUUAUUUCGCAAAGAGGCCACAAGAAGAGGAAUACGUAUUGAAAUUAAUAGAGUAGAUCUGCAAGGUGUAGCUGCAGCUCAAAGCCCUUUGCCUUCAGACUGGGAGGACAUGAAAGGACAGCCAGUUGUUCUUGUAAAACUCACAGCAGGCUCAAAGGAAUUUGCAAAAGUAGAGAAAGAGUUCCAGAGAACCAAUCUAACCAAUAACAUCAUUGAAAUUGAAAGAGUUCAAAAUAGCGCACUUUGGAAAAGCUACAUGAUCAAAAAGGAGGAACUGGAAGAUAAAAACAAGCACAAAAAAAAUGAAAAGCUUCUUUUUCAUGGAACUGGCCCUGAUAAGACAGAUCAGAUCAACAAUCACGGCUUUAAUCGGAGCUUUGCUGGCAUGAAUGGAGCCAUGUAUGGGAAUGGUUCAUAUUUUGCUGUGGACCCAAAUUACUCAGCCCAAGGCUACUCUAAACCUGAUGUCAACGGACACAAACGCAUGUACCUUGUCAGGGUGCUUGUUGGAGAAUUCACUCAAGGAAAACAAGGCCUUCCUGUUCCCCCUGCGAAAGGCUCCAAUAGUGCUGAUCUCUAUAACAGUGUGACUGACAACAUGAACAAGCCAACCAUGUUUGUGAUCUUCAACGAUGUACAGGCUUACCCAGAAUACCUAAUCACUUUCCAGUAAUGAUUAUGAGAUCAGUUUCUGUCAGCUAGUCUUUUUGUUGCAGUUUUACAUUGAUUUGGUGAAGCCGAACAUAAUAUAUGGAUAAUGAUGGUUAUUUUGUGGCAUAUCUUAAUUAAUUUUAGAAAGAGACGGAGGAAGAGACAGAGAGAGAUUGUGCAUGUGUGAAUUACCUGCUUCUACUAAGAGAAGCUGCACAUUUAAUACAUCAAAAUCAGUAAUAGCCCUUUGAAUGCUAAGGAAUAUAAUGUAGCAAUUCAACAUUGAAGCUAUUUCAUCAAUUAAAGUUGCCCAAACAUGCCCAUUAAUGACAGAAAACAGUAAUGUAAUCCUGAGAAUACCUUAGACUGUCCCAUUUUAGCUUUAGUUGGUUUCCUGACACUUGCUGUUGUUAUUUAAUCUAAUUUCCCUUUUAAUCUUUAACUACCCUAAUCAGCAGUUGUUUGUUUUCAUAUAUAUGAAGUAUUGCUUAACUGGAAAAAGUGUGUUCAGCAUUUGGGGAUUAUGUGUAUGGGCAUUGAAAUUAGACACAUACCAUUGCAUAAAAAUAAACAUGACAAAGGACU